AAGAGAGAGGAGUGAGCGCGUGAAAGAGGGUAGUGGGUACUGUACUGGAUUGCUAGCAGGGAUGAGCUGUGAAUAUAUGUAAGAGAGUAGUACUAAUGUCCCACCACCCAUGUGCCCUUCUUCCUGUCUCCACCAGUUCCUGCUUCUCAAUCAUUAGUCCUCUUCUCCCCCCUACCCCUCUCUUAAUUCUACCUGGCUUCCUCCAUUGUUGUAUCUCUACUAUUUUUACAUACUACUUGUUUUUUACUUUAUUGGGAUUUUGCUCAUUCUCUCGCUACUUACAAGAGUGGCGAAUCUUGAUUUGUUAAGUAUUUUUACAUAUUUGUUGUUUGGGGCUCUGUUUUUUCUCCCAUAAAUCUCACAUCAAAAAGCUUUUUCUGUUACUUGAAACUUCAACUGAAGCUGCUUUCUUGAUUUGUCUAAGUUUUUUUUUUUUACAUAUUUGUUGUUUUUUCCUCUUUGUUUGGGGUUUUGCUUAAUUCAGCUCUGUUUCCCCCCAUAAACAUAAAUUCCAAAUUAAAGAGCUUGGUGAAUUUGUUGUUUUUUCUUUGUUGGGGUUUGCUCAAUUCAGCUCUUUUUGCUCAUAAACUCCACCACUACUCUAUUUGGACUUUGAUUUUCAAAUAUUUGUUUCCUUUUCAUUGUUGGGUUUUGUUCAAUUGAGCUCUGUUUGUCUAUAAAUCCCAGCAAUCUUCCACCACCACCGUUUUUACUAGUGUUUUGUGCUUCUAAUGUCGACGUCUGCAGAAGGAAAUGGAGCUAUAAUUGAUCCUCAGAGGCAACAACAACAACAACAGGCUUCUGGGGUUGGUACAAAUGGUGCUUUAACAGUGAAAAAACCGCCGGUAAAAGACCGGCAUAGCAAGGUUGAUGGUAGAGGAAGACGUAUAAGGAUGCCAAUUGUAUGUGCUGCAAGAGUUUUUCAGCUUACUCGUGAAUUGGGUCACAAAUCCGAUGGACAAACUAUCGAAUGGCUGCUUCGUCAAGCUGAGCCUUCAAUUAUAGCUGCUACUGGUACUGGUACUAUCCCUGCUAGUUUCUCUACUGUAUCUGUAUCGGUACGGAACUCAACUGCAUCUCUUGUUUCAUCGCUCUCGGCUCCACUUGAUCAGAAAUCAUCACAUAUGAUUUCACCGGCGCCGUUUAUCCUCGGGAAACGCCUCCGGUCAGAUGACGAAAACCUUGAAAAUGGGAAUAAGGAUGAUGUGGCUGCCGGAGCUGCUACUGCUGUGGGUCCCACAGCAGGGUUUUGGGCUGUUCCAGCUAGGCCUGAUUUUGGUCAAAUUUGGAGCUUUGCGGCGGGGCCGCCACCAGAAAUGAUGGUGCCGACAUCCGCGGCCGCAGCAGCUGCGGCCGCGGCGGCGGUAAGUUCGCAGAGUUCUAGAUUCUUUCAGCAGCAGAUGGGAGAGGCUUCAGCUGCUAGAGUUGGAAAUUACUUACCAAUGACUCAAGGGCAUCUCAAUUUGCUAGCUUCUCUAUCAGGUCCUCCACAGCCUUCUUCCGGGAGAAGAGACGACGACGGACGCUGAAGAUAUGAAUAUUAUUAUUGUUAUUGAUAUUGUUAUUGUUGUUGUUAAUAUAUCGUAUAAAUGUGUUUUAAUGUUCUUGAUUGUGUUAGAUGAGAAAUUUGUUGCUAGGUUCUAGUGAGUGAGAAAUGAACUAGGGGUUUGUUCAAUUUCAUGAAUUAUUGCUAGGAUUAGGUUUGUUUGCUUUAUCUCAUUUGUCAAGAGUUUACGUUCACCGAGUUUUGGUGUUGUAAGCUGUGGGACGAUAACACGAAACACAAGCAUCAGGGGAAGUUGUUGCUUGUGAUGAAUUUGGUGGGUUUGUUCUGUUGUUUGCAGACCUCAUAAUAAGCUGCUUUGAUCACUUUGUAACAAGAGAUAAUAGGGGAUCAGUGUGGACUAUGAAAACCUGUAGUUCCACAUGAAUAUUUUGUAAGGAAACCGUGGAGGUUUCCGUUGAAUUUAAUUCUGUAAUUUGUUGAAACUAUAUCAGUUGUGAGCUUAAACUUUCCUACUCAAAAGAGUGCUAUGGACUUUAAUUUAUUACUGAACUUACAUUGUGUUAUCUUGAAUGGGUGCUAUAAUUAGAUGUUUUCGACAUCUCAGUGAUUGAGUUGCCACCAUACUGGAUAAAAUGAAGUAUUUAUUUAUUGCAUAUCUGGAUUCACCUGUCGACUGAUCAACUAAUGCAUGGGACAGUUUGAAGUUGAAUCAUGUGAAAUGCUGUGGAGCCGAACAUAUAAGGAGGAUAGAACUCUAAAUUUCUAUACUCAAGCUUUCUUAGAUUGGUUAUGGAUCAGAUAAUUUUGCUGCAGCUUGAUGUCUAUUCUAUGUAUAAGUGUGUGAUGUGUACCAGAGAUUCAAAAUGGAACAGCUCAAGUUUCAACAGAAGAGUAUUUGAUGAUUAUUUACGUUAAUGAUCUUCAUGCUAUAUAAGUUCCUCAGUAGUACUCAGAAGAUUAAACUGUAGUUGUUAAAAAUGUUAUAGUAUAUCAUACAUUUAUGGAUGACAUGAUGCCGUAUUCUAUCAUGUGCUGCUUCAACUUGGAGGAGGAAGGAAUUAACACUGCAGCAUCUGGGAGGAUUCUGCUCUGCAGCAUCUGAGAUUAACGAUACCUUUCAGCUUUAAUUUUGCAUCAGAUUAGGUAAGAUGUGGUUAAAUUCUUUGAGCUUUACUUGUGAUUCUUUUAUAAUCUCCUAAGUUUAGAAUAUAAGGCAUAUAGACAACUUAUCAGAUCUGACCUUAGAAAGCAAGAAACAAAACGAUUUUGUGACAUCUGCUUAGUCUUAUUUCAAGCUGACAAUGAUCUAGGAACGUCUUGCUAGCUAUCCUGUUUGGAAAGCAAGAAGGUUUAUGUAUGUCUUGGAGAUUUGCAGCCCCCCCC